AUUGUUGGAUAUCAACGAACACAUUUAAUGCCAUUCCAGUUUCCACAAUGCGCGGAUUUCUCUUUUUAUGACACCCUUACUUUCUUGUUUAUUUGUAUUACGUGCAAUUGCAGUAUGUAUAUAAGGGUCUGAAUCUCGGUGUAAGUAGUCAAAACACUGCUGCGCAAAGCUGAGCUGUAAAAACGAGUCACAUUUUCCAAUAGCUCAUUUAUGAGAAGCGCACUGCGAGCACUCUUCAGACUGCACGGCUACAGUCUUCUCUGAGGAAACAAUGAAAUGGACUCGGUGGUCCUGGUGCCUUUUUCUGCUGGGCAGUGUGGUGACCGAACCCGAGCUGGAAAAUUUGGAGUGGGACUGGGGCUCUGGUUUUCACGAGCUCCUAAACAGCUUUCCUGCAGAUAGUCCUUUUCUCACAGAGAAGCCCGGCAGGCCAGCUAACUGCACGCAACGCUUUUGGCUGCCUCCAUCCUCGCCUGUGUGCUGGGAUGAUAUAGCAGGGCCGGAGGAAUUUGAGAAGUCACGCCUUCUCGUGCUGCAGAACAGGGCAGUGCUGCAGGGGCUGUCCACAGCUAGCGGUCUUGAUGAAGGGAGACCUUCCUUUGAUCAACAGGCAAGAGAGGAUGUGCAGGGCGUUCAGGCUGACCAUCUCAUUGUUGCCCAGACUGCCGACACAAUGCAGAAGGUGUUCAUGGAGUUAGAGGAGAAGAGAAAGGAAGGGAAAGAACAUUAUACUUUCUCAAAUGUGAAGGAGCACCUGGAAAACACAAAAAACGACAUUGCUAACAGGGAGCACGUAGCAGCACUUCUGGAAAAACAUCUUGCAAAUCUAGAAAGGUCCUUGCACACAAUGCAACUUCGACUGGCCAAACUAUUACCACACUGAUUGAAUAAAAGCCAUACAACCUUAAAGUUACACAACUAUGUGGAAUAAAAGCAAAAUGCAUGAUUGGUUAUUAUAUAGUUUUUAAAAUAACACUUGUAUGACCAUAAUGGUGUAGUGCAUGCUUACAGCACCGUCUUUCUUCAGUCAUAUGUUUAAAGCAUUUUCUCAAUGUGUUCCACUGUCUUCAUAAGGAAAUGAUUCAAGUGCUGGUAAUAAAAUCUAUUUUUAUACCACA